AUCUCACGCAAAAAACAGGACACCGUUUGCUGCUGGCUAGAUAACAGCAGCCAUAUAUUCCAUGACUGAACAUAGCCACAUUUCCGAAAAUGAAGACGGCAUUGCGGUGAUAAAUAUAUCCGUAACAUUUACAAUAAGUAGUGGAAACUAUCAGACUGGAUACCAGUAGCCAGAAUAGCUAUAAUUUAGCUAGCUGGGUUAGCUAACGUUAGCGCUUGAACGGUAGUUCCAUGGCAUCCUCACUGCGAAGCGAAGUCUGCUCUGGCGAAGGGACUUUGGGAGCGCUGCCCGGGGCUCGGCCACAGCUUCGCUCGCACCACUUACACACCACAACCACUACAGGUUCCCCUGGAUCUCUAAUGGUGGAGUCUGUGGACGAUGCGGAGGGUUUGUAUGUCGCGGUGGAGCGAUGUCCCCUCUGCAACACCGCCAGGCGCAAGCUGACUUGUGCCCGAUGCAUCCAUGCAGGCGAUUUCGUAUACUUCGACGGUAGAAACCCUGAACGGUGCGUGUUUACAUUCAGCUAACUUCAUAACACAGCUCUAAAUAAAGGCUUUAGUAGUGAAAUGUUGGCUAUGCAUCAUCAGCUAACAUUGCAUUUAAUAGCUACCAACAAUCAAACAAACUAACUGCCUGGCUAGCUACUGGUAGUGUAGCUAUGUUGUUUAGCUACUGUACAACCAUUAUUACCCGUAGCAAAACGUCAGCUAAGCUAGCUAGCUAGCAUGCUUGUUUACAAGUGUAACAUAAAAAAGUUAUACCUAGUAAGGCUGUAUGUGGAACGUUCUUGACCUAGAUUGCAUAACACUUAGCUAUGUUAUUUUGAAUCAUGUAAUUUGAGCACCAACUUUCUCGCCCUCAACAGAGUACAUACAGUAACUAACUUUCUAGUGUCUUGAAACGGAAAAUAACUCUGUCAUCGUGACGUCAUGGCUCUUUGUAGUCGUGAAGGUCGAUUAAUACUUUACUUACACUGUGACUGACAUACUUUGGGGAUUUCAGAAUCAAAUAGACUACAUUUUUGUUUAGUUUCACAAAAGUACAGUACAUCUCAACUUGUUUGUGUGAAGUAGGGAGGGAGCUAGGCCACACUCUCUUGCCCAACACCUGCUUGGAGUGGGCAAUGGGCACUUUGGCCGCAUUCAAUUCAAUGCAAAUAGUCAUGGUAGCCAUGAUAAGCUUGGGGGUAGAAGCUGUUAAGAAGCCUUUUGGACCUAGACUUGGCGCUCUGGUACCGCUUGCUGUGCGGUAGCAGAGAGAACAGUCUAUGACCAGGGUGGCUCCAUUGUUUUUUAAUGUAGGUUUUCUAAUGGUAACUAUUUUUUUCCAGAUACACUGAAAAAUUGGAAAGACUUCAAAUGCUGAAGAAGGACAAAGAACUUCUCCAACAGACGUACAGUAGAAUAUUUGCAGCUAUCAUGAAUAUGCUAAAUAUUACUUUGCAGUUUUCAAGCAUUUCUAUUUCUACCUUCCAUUUAUUUUGUAACCAUAUCGAUAUUACAAUCUACUCUUUCUUCCAGGGUCAUUGCAGCCAUGGACAAGAAAGUCCAGGCAGAUCAGCUGGUAAGUUGAGUUAUGAGUAGAGGACCUCCCAUAUUUAUAUACAUUCUCGUAAAUUUAUGUUUUUCAAAUGCGUCAAUAUCCUGCCUGUUCUCUUCAACUCCCAUCUACCCUUAGCAUUUGUAUUCUGUUUUAUUCAGAAAUGGAAGAUCAUGUCAUGCAAGAUGAAACUAGAGCAGCUGAAGGAGGCUAUUGGUUGUGGCAAUGAAGAGGUGAAAAGUGGUGAGUUACAUGGCUUUGACACCCAUUCAAAUCAGACAUUCAAAUCAGUGAUACUCCCCUCCAUGUGUAUUUAUACACGCACCCCUGUUUCUAAACCAUAAAACAGAUAUGUAUGAAAAUACCCUCCAAUAAAAGGUGACAUUCUGUACUGUCGCCUCAUAUAAAACAUUUUAUCUCAAAUUUAAAAUGUUAGCUUCACUGUCCAAAUACAUAUGGAGGUGAGUGUGAAUGACAAUGCACUAUUUGACUGUUCUGUUCUAUUUUACAUUAUUAAAAUAAUAAUCUUGAUUUAUUGUCUUCCUCAUACCCAUGUCUUUAUGAAACCUGUCUUUAAGAAAACAGGCAAACCUGAAAAGGUGUAAGACAUUGGCUUGCAUCCCAAAUCGCACCCUAUUCCCUAUUUCGUGCAGACCCUAUGGGCCCUGGUCAAAAGUACUGCAGUGUGUAGGGAAUAGGCUGCCACUUGACCCAUAUUAGUCAAUCAACUCAUCUCUCCCUCUCCUCCCAGGUAAGGACCUGCUGCUUCGCUCCCAAGAGGAGAGUCAGAGGCUGCAGCGGCGGGCCAGCCGCCAUCAGGAGAAGAGGGACAAGAUAGAGAGACACAACCGGCGGCUGGGAGAGCUGCUGGAGAAGAGGGGCAAGGAGCUGCAGGGUCGUCUGGAGCACCUGGCUGAGGUCCGCAGAGGACACAUCCUGGAGCUCACCGCUCACAUCUUCCCCACACAGGAGGAGAAACAGGGCAGCAGGUAAGCAUUGCCAUUGUUUAAAGUGCAUUUUACACUAGCUCACCCAAUUCACCUAAUCAAGGGCUUGAUGAUAAGUUAACAAGUUGAAUCACGUGUGCUGGCUCUCAAAUACAUGAAACAGCUGGGGGUCCUUGAGGAGAGCUUUGGUAACCACUGUCAUACCACAUUGGCCAGAGCCAAGUAUUAAAUAUUACUCCAUCCAUGACAUCCAUCCAUGACUGGCCAGCAUUACGGCAAUGGGCUUUAGUUUAAGGACAGCACCAAUACCAAGGCUCUCUGGCCAUUUGAGACAUUGGUUGUUGUUUUAGGAUUUGGGUCAGUCUCGGUCAGCUGAUUCUUGAUUCAAAUUUUAAAGUUCAUGCUGAGGGACCUCUCAUCUGCUGUUUGAUUGAAAGAGUUACAGUAUAGAGAUACUCAUUCUGUAAUGACAGUCUCUCCCUCUCUUUGCUCCUUUCUCUCAGGGACCCAGCAGACGUGUUGUCGGAGUGCGACUUGGCCCUGACCUCCAGCACAGUUAGUGAGCUGGCUGAGGCCCGCCGCACCACCUACCUGUCAGGGCGCUGGAUCUGGGACGACCAGAAUGGAGAGACCUCCAUUAGCAUCACUGGACCCAGGGUCACGCUGCCCAGCAAUGGGGACUGCUCCCCCUAUUACAGCUGGGUGGAGGAGAAGAGCACCAACGAGGGGCCCGGUAGGACGUUUAUAGCAAAAUAUGUUGCAUGUAAUAAUUAUAUAUGCCAUUUAGUACAGUGAGUGCAUACAUUUUACUAUAUGUUUUAGUAUACCUUUCUAGCUCUACACACUUACCAAAACAUCAUAAUCAAAUGAUCUGUCUUUUGAGAUGUAACAAGGAAAAACGACUAGCAGAUUGAGAGGAACAUCUAGUCCUUAGAGAUGACCAAUCGGCAAUAUUGACUUGUACUGUGCCAAGGCUACUUGUUCUCAUAAAGAGCUUCCAUUUCCAGAGCUGGACCACAUCAACCCAGCCCACACCAUCAGUGCAGCCCUCUGUUUUGCUACCCAGCUCAUCAACAUCCUCUCUCACAUCCUGGAUGUCAAUCUGCCCAAGAAGUUGUGUAACAGUGAGUUCUGUGGUGACAGCCUGAGCCGGUACAGGUUCACCCGGGCUGUCACCAAGCUCAACACCAACAUCCUUCACCUCUGCUUCUCACAGGUACUACAGAGCAUGGUUUGUCUAGACGUUUUCCUUCUGGGAGUAUAUUUUCCUUGCCACUGUGCUGCUGCUUGCUCUUCUGGGUUCUAGGCCGUGUUACUGUUAAUCACUUUGUUACAUGAUUGAUCUAGCUUGUAUGUAUCAGCCCACACCGGAGAUGCACGUCACUAACCAGUUGUGUGUAUUCCUGUGCAGCAUGUUGAGAGUGAGCUGCUGCACCCUCACCACACCCUGAGGAACAUCAUGUUCCUCGUCUCUCCUGACAACAAAAACCUGGGCAGGUAAGAAGAUCCCUGGUCAAAAGUAGUGCACUAUAUAUGGAAUAGGUUGCUAUUUGGGACGCAGCCUGACUAUCUCAUCUCUCUGUGCAGGACGGGUCCAUACGAGGUGACUGCAGACCUGGAGGACUCCAUGGAGUUUGUUGAGCCGGAGGCGGCCGGCCCGGCAGAGGAGAGCGGGGAUGAGAUGGUGACGGACGAGGAGACAGACCUGGGGACAGACUGGGAAACGGUCCCCAGCCCGCGCUUCUGUGACAUCCCCUCCCAGCCCAUGGACCUGUCCCAGAGCACAACCAUGCAGGUGUCCCAGCCCGUGGGCCAGGCAGGGGGCAUGAUCUCCUCAGCAGCAGCCUCCGUCACCUCC